AUGGCCCCCCUGUUCAGACAGAAAAUAGCACCAUCAGCGGCGAUCGUCGAGACUGUCAAUGCCAGCCACUCCGAACCCGCGGUCGACGAUCAGCACGCGCCAGAGCCACAGCGCGUUGCCUUGCCCCAAACGAACCAGCCAGAACACCUCACUGGCGGUGUGGCUGUGACCUCAUCGUCGGCGGAUGAGGUGCCUACUGUGCACGAUGGCAAAGCGGCGAGUGGCGAGGAGGAGCCACCCAAGGACCCCCACGCCAACCUGGAGAGCGUGGACGCACCCGACCCUCAACUACAGGUCCAGCCACACCCCACGCGCGAUGUUGGAAUCACUGCAAACGCUGCGGUCAGCCCCACGACGCGCGAUGACUCUGCGGGCGCCGAUGAGGCUCAUGUCGCCGACGAAGAUGUCCAUCAAGGGGGAGACACCGUCAACACGAAUGCACCCCUUCUCGACAUCGACAGCGACACUGGAGCUCGCGAUGGAGCCGCAUCUACUAAAGUUCGCAAGGGUCGUAAGAACACCAAGAAGCCCAAGGGAAAGCAGGUCGACCACCCUAAUCAGCGCAAGCAGGCGCCUCAAACCGAUCCGGCCCCUGCGAGCUCGGCUACCCCUGGACAGUCCGCGAGCCGGGGAAAGAAGAGGAAGGAGGUCGACGCUGGAGACCAGGUCGCCGAGCCGAGUACUCGGCCGAAGCGUGCCAGGGCCGCCAUUGCGUCGGCUGGUCCAUCCUCGACCCCUUCGGGAACAAAGGACACGAAGGAUGCGCUGGACAGCCAUCUUAAAAAUUUCGCGCGCGAGCUCUCGCAGCCCGAGGUCCACGAACUAGUUUGUCGACAUCGCCCGUUCAAGCAAUUACAGUACGACUCAGAGAAUGUGGCAAGAUGGGUUGGAAUUUGUACCCAAGCUAGUUGCCCGAAGGCACGAAAAGUCCAAUACCUGAGUGAUCCCGUGGGCGCAGACGAACGCGCGCUGAUCACUCGGAUGCGAGACGUCCUACAGCGGCUGCGAGCCACUGAGAGUGCACGCAAGAGGUACGAGAAGAAGAAGCCCGCUACGGGAGGCAAUCAAGCUGCCGAACAAGACCAUCAGCUCAAGCUCUAUGCUGACGAGGAACGACGAUUGCAUGCCCAACGGACCCAAUUGGACCGCGAAGCUCGCAACUUCUCGCUACAAGACGUAAUUGAUGUGGAAGAGUCGUCAGACGAAGAGUCCGAGAACUCUGCGUCUUACUGGGAGGCGCUGGAUGGCCCGUUGCCACCGCCACAAUUCAAGAAGUUACCUCGCAGCGAACCACGGCCUUCCGCUCCUGUGGUGCAACCUCAGAAUGACAGUGACGAUGAUCCUUCAAUCGGCUUGCAUGAACCAUCCUCUUCGCAUUCGGCCAUCCCAACGUCGUCUCCUGUCCGAACCUCAUCUCCGGUGGAUCCUCGUCCCAGUACGUCGCGUGCGCGUUCGCUGUCUCUGGAGGAAGCCCUCGUGGUCGUAUGGGCAUAUGCCAAGGAUGGCGAGCCACCAGAGCGCUCCGAGUUCGACUUGAAUGCGCACAGGGUCUCCUUCACGGCGAUCUGUACAGCGUCUGGCCUCGACCUCAUGGACCCGAUCGCCGUGUGGCUCAGUCCCGAGGGAAAGUGGCGCUAUAUGCACGUUGAGAAUCUCAUCGACGCUCGCUUUCGCCUGCGCAAAGGCGAUUACGUGGUGUGGGCGAAAUGGGGCCUUCAGGACUUGGAAGACCUGAAUUGGUUGACAGACAACUUCGAUUAUAUCGACGAUCCGGAGUGGCCGGAUCCUGCUCGCAUUUGGAAAGCUCGGAAAGCGCGGUCCUCUGCUUGA